AUGGCUGAUACAUCAACGAAAAACGUACUUGUUCGAUCAAAAUCUGAAAGAAUGGAUAAUAGAAGUCGACGAAAUUCCAUUGAAUUUUUAACGAUGUCACAAACAUUACAAUUAAAAUUGGAUGAAAGACGUGCAUCGCAAUUAUCAUUAAUAAAAAGAAAAAUUGUUAGUGCUGAGAAUCAGUUAAAAAAGCAAAAAAGUGAAGAAGUAGAAGAAGUCUCAUCAAUAAAACGUCGUUUAAGUGACGUUGACUCGGUUAUUGAUUUACAUCCCGAUGUUGAUAAUCCAACACCACAUACCGAUGUACAUCAUAUACCAUUAAGAGAUUUAAUUCAACGAUUUAACACAAAUAUACAAAAUGGAUUAACAACAGCUCAAGUGAAUGAGAAAAGAGAAGAAUAUGGUAGAAAUAUUUUAACACCACCAUCAUCACCUGGCUAUAUUUGGAUGUUUACAAGACAAAUAUUAAUUGGAUUCAAUGGUGUUUUAUGGUUGGCUGCUUUAUUCGCUUUUCUAAGUUACAAACCAUUCGGUGAACCAGCGCCAGAUCCAACAAAUUUAGGCUUGGGAGUUGUAAUUAUUUUGGUUAUUCUUCUUAAUGCUUGCUUUAAUUUUUAUCAAGAAGUGAAAUCAAUUAAAAUAGUUGCCUCAUUUUCAAAAAUGAUACCGGAGAAAGCAAUUGUACAUCGAAAUGGUAUUGAAGAAGAAAUAAUGGCUGAUGAAUUAGUUCCAGGUGAUAUUGUAUCGAUACAUAUGGGAGAUAAAGUUCCAGCCGAUUGUCGUCUAAUUACAUGCGAAGGUUUACAAGUGAACAACAGCGAUUUAACAGGCGAAAGUGAACCGAUUCGUUGUACAACAAAAUGUACGAAUUUAAAUUAUUUAGAAUCAACUAAUCUUAUAUUUUAUUCAUCAUUGGUUGUACAAGGGAGUGCCGAAGGAAUUGUUAUUUCUACAGGGGAUAAAACCGUUUUAGGACAAGUUGGUAAACUAACCCGUGGUUCUGGCUCAUCGGAUAUAACUGCAUUACAUCGGGAAAUAAAUCGCUUUGUUUUAUUUAUUAUUUGUGCUGCUCUUACAGCUAUUAUUGCGAUAUGGAUAACAUGGGCUGCUUGGCUAAAUGUGACGCAACAUGGCUAUAUUAGCGCUAAUGGGAAUGUUGUUAAUAGUAUUGGAAUGGUUAUUGCAUUUAUUCCAGAAGGACUUCCAGCUGCAGUUACUCUAGUUUUGACAAUCGUUGCAAAACGAAUGUAUAAACAAAGAGUGUUAGUCAAAGCAUUAGCAACCGUUGAAACAUUUAAUUCGGUAUCGAUGAUUUGUACAGAUAAAACUGGUACAUUAACAUUAAAUCAAAUGACAAUUACACAUUUACUAUGGGGUACUACUGGUGAAUUUUCUGUGCCGAUAGAGAAGAACAACGUUCAUGAUGCCGGCAAAUCAUUUAAGGCUCUUCUGCUAGGUGGUUGUUUAUGUAAUAAUAGUGAAAACCAAUUAAUUCAGGAUAAUGGCGAUGAAUCUUUAAAGAAAAGUCAAACAAAAUUAGUUGGUGAAGCAGCUGAUGUUGCCUUGUAUCGUUUAUGUGAAGAAAAUUGUUCAAUGAAUGUUGAAAAUAUUCGAAAAUCAAAUUUAAGAUUAAAAGUAUUGCCAUUUAAUUCAAAAAAUAAAUUUAUGAUUACGGCUAAUCAACUUGAAGGUGAACAAGAACAACAAAAAAUAUUAAUAACGAUGAAAGGUGCACCAGAAAUUGUUGCCCAUCGUUGUUCAACAUAUCAAAAUGAUAAUGGAGAUAUUUUACCAUUCACUAACGAUGUAAAGCAAAUAAUGUUUAAUCGACAAGAAGAAUCGGGGAAAAAUGGUUACAGAGUGAUUGGAAUGGCACAACAAACAAUGAAAAAAGAACAGUAUGAUUUGAUGAUGAAACGGUACAAGAAUACAAGAAAAACACACGAAAAUAAACAAGAACAAGUGUAUGAAGAUUUAAAUGGUUUACCCGGUGAAAAUUAUUGUUUUAUUGGUAUGUUUACUCUUGUGGAUCCAGCUCGCCCAGAAGUGCCAAAUGCAAUAUUAAAAGCUCGUGGUGCUCAUAUUCGUAUUGCAAUGGUCACUGGUGAUCAUCCAACAACAGCAGCAGCUAUUGCUAAACAAGUUAAUAUUUUAAGUCAAAAUAUUUCAGUCGAUAAUGGUCUUGAUACAUUUAAAUUAGGUGAAAAUGAAUCGGGCACACCUGUCUUGCAAUUAUUAAGAAAUGGACAAAUAAUUGACACGCAUUUACCAGGAAAAACAACAACGUUAGAUUUAAUUACAAAUUCAGCAACUGUUAAAUCGGUUUUAAAAACCACUGAUAAUAGAAAGUUAAAUUUUUUAAAACGAUGGUGGCAAACAGCAAAAUCUUAUGUAGCAGAUCCAUCGGCGACAAAGAGCAGAGAUAAACAAAAAUUAAUCCCCUAUGGUGUGGUCGUUACCGGAUCUGAUAUACAAUUGAUGGAUGAUUUCAUGUGGGAUUGGGUACUAAGUCAUAAAGAAUUAGUAUUUGCACGUACAUCACCCGAACAAAAAUUACGUAUUGUUAUGGAAUGUCAAUGUCGUGGAGAAGUUGUUGCUGUGACUGGGGAUGGUACAAAUGAUGCUCCUGCAUUAAAACGAGCUGAUUUGGGUGUUGCAAUGCAAGCCGGCACUGAGGUGUCAAAGGAGGCCGGUGAUAUGAUAUUAUUAGACAAUAAUUUUGCUUCCAUUAUUCAAGCAAUUGAAACAGGAAGAUUAUUAAGUGAUAAUUUAAAAAAAGUUGCCAUUUAUCUACUUCCGGGAGGCUCAUGGUCUGAAGUUAUACCGGUAUUUUUUUGUGUAUGGCUUGGAAUCCCAUUGGCAUUAUCAACAUUUCAAGCAAUCAUAUUUUGUAUGUUAAAUGAUGUAUUUAAUGCAUUGGCAAUGGUAUCAGAAAAAGCUGAAAAAGAUAUUAUGUCUCGUCCACCGCUUAUCAGACAUAAAGGACAUUUGUUAGAUGCAAAAUUAUUAUUACAUGCCUAUAUGAUUAUUGGAAAUUUAGAAUGUUUUACAGCAUUUUUUUGCUAUUUUUCAUGGUACGCCAGUCAAGGUAUUCCAUUAUCAAGUAUAUUUUUAACCUACAAUAGUUAUGGUAAAAAUCCGCCAAUUAAUUAUACAACCGACGAAUUAACAACAAUAAAUGAAAGUGGUCAAUCUAUAUACUAUGUGGCAUUAUGUAUCAUGCAAUUUUUUAAUCUAAUGAGACAAACAGCCCCUUAUGUACGGCCUGUAGUAUCUCCUGGUGGAGUUUUUCAUUUAUUGGCCACAGCUUUACUACUUUUCUCAUUGUAUUGGUCAACCACAUAG